AACGAUGAUGUGACAUGAAAGAUAGCGGGAGGAGUGAUGAAUAUGGCUUAGCAGCCCUCGUUGCUGUGGCGCCCAGGGCCGUCAGCUAAUCCUGUUGGUCCUCGAAAGCAACCCCACCAAGCGUCGUUAAAAUACCCCACCACCUGCACUACCCUUCCUCAUCAGCCUCAGCAACCUCACGAAACUCCCUCCACCUCAGCUGACCCUUCACCCACACAUCCACUACACACUAUCAGUCCACCUAUAGGAUUGACGUAAGCCUCACCUUUUCCACUGCAGGCACCCGUUCACUGCUGGUCUCGCGCACGCGGAAGGCGAAGACGAUGACGACGCUAACAGGCAACACAGUACUGAUAAAGCGCCCCGUGUCCCGACUGUCCUCUAACAUCCUCUACACUACACACAAGACAUCAUGGCUCAAUCCGGUGUUUCCGUCGCGCCCGAGUGCAUCCAGGCCUUCAACGAGCUGAAGCUCGGCAAGGACAUCAAAUGGAUUAUCUACAAGAUCAGCGAUGACUGGAAAGAGAUCGUCGUCGAGGAGUCGUCCAAGGAGGCAAACUUCGAGGUCUUCCGCGAGAAGCUGCUCAACGCGAAGAGCAAGGACCGCCGUGGCAAGGAGGGCAUUGGUGGUCGCUAUGCCGUCUUUGAUGUCGAGUAUGAGCUAGACUCCGGCGAGGGGAGCAGGAGCAAGAUUACGUUCAUUAGCUGGACGCCAGAUGAUGCAUCGCAAUACCCCCGCAUGAUGUACUCGUCCUCAAAGGAAGCCAUCAAGCGCGCUCUGAACGGUCUCGCCGCUGAUAUCCAAGCCAACGACGCCGACGACAUCGAGUGGGAGAACAUCAAGAGCCGUGUCUCCAAGGGCCGCUAAAUACAUCAUACUAUUAUCGAUUCCGCGCAACACUAGGCAAAAGAAGGGGAACAGCUUAGUGACGACAUUAUGAAACAAGCUCGAAAACGUUGGCAGCGGAGGCAACAAAGCAAAUUGAUCGGGCUUGGAUGGUCUGAACGACGAGCAUGGUUUACUGCGGAGCAGUGAUGCUAGUUUC